UUAAAAGCGAGAGGCUUCAACGAACCUGCAUUAUUUUUGACGAAUACGGAUAAAAACAUUAAUCAAAACAUGGACGAUUCGAACAACCGUCCGAUUCAAGUCUUUACAUGUAAUUUAUGUGGAAAUGAAUAUACAUGGACGGUGCCCUGAUGGACGAGCUUAGCGACUUCAAGCUUAACGCUAAUAUAUCCCGAUAUUUCUUGAGUCGCGGCAAAGCGGCGGCACCGGAGGAACAGCAUUUCAUGUGCGGCGAAUGCGGCAAGGGAUACAAAUGGAUGGAUAAUCUACGGCGGCAUCAGAGACUGGAAUGCGGCAAGCUACCUAAGUGGCAUUGCGAAAUUUGCCAGAAAAUGUUCUACCGUCGAUACGAAUUGACCAAGCAUAUGAACUUGAAGCAUCAUUUAGAAUAAUCGAUUUUUUUCUCGCGACGAAUGUUUUUUCGUUGAAUAAUCGUGACUAUGAUUUGUUGCAUUUUUGCGAUCAUCUCUACGAAACUAUAUGAUAAUAAUAAAAUGUAUCUCUUAUGAUAUGUAUCUCUUGUUGUUGCAUGCACUAUA